CCGUUUUGUAAAGUUUAUAAAAUUAUAAUACCCGUAAGUUAUAUAGACCUCUUUAUACGCACAGGAUGUGUUAUAAAUUAUGUACAUCAUGAUAAUGGAUUAUAACGCAUAACUAGUUAUCAAAAUAACUAUGUGUUUUCUGAAAAAUAUUAUUUAUAUGACUGUUUGAAUUUGUUAAUUUGUGGAUAUUCCCGAAGUGAGAGCGCAUUCGUUAUAAAAACAGACUGACCUGCUUCGAAAAUGCUAUGAUGGAAAGUGAGGAACUGGAUUCAGAUCUGUUUACGAAUUGGGUGCGAGGCUCUAAAGGACUUGAAUACUUACAGGAAGGACUUCAAGAAUUUGUUGGAGAAAAAUUACUGCAAUGUCGUGAUAAUACCCUUCAAAAAAUAAUAUUGACAUUACCAUCUGUAGCACCACAACAGUGCAACCAGUGUACGUCACAUAAUCUUUCUCCUGACCAUUUGAACACUACAAAGGCAUGUAACAAAAACACAUGUCACCAAAAAAGCCCCGCAAACUGUUUUGGAAGCAGACCAGGCGGACGUAGGAAAUGCCCUGACAACAUUUGUAGUAAAUUGUACGACUCCAUUAUAGAUGAGCAUGUAUUUAUGGACCCCUUAUGGAAGAACACUGAUCCAAGUACGUGGUGUUCGGAUCCUCAUGGGUGGAGCUAUGCAAAAUGUUUCCAAACAACUAAAGGUCCAGGGACAUCAGCUCAAGAUACAGAUGCCGCUGGUCUGCUAAGCAUUAUCAUAAACAACAAGUCCAUACAAACCUUUGUGACCAGUAUUAAUCUUACCAGUUCGUUUCAUUUGGCGAGAGACUUCCGAAAUGAAAUCUUGCAUAGCCCAAAGCUUGAAAUUGAUGAAACAACUCUAUUCUCUUAUUUGGACGCGUUCAUUGCAGUUCUUCAAGAUCCAAAGUCUCUGAUUAACGAUGAGGCAUCAAAGAAAGCGGUUGAUAAACUUACACAGUUAAAAAACAACACAAUACACAUAAGCCAAGGAGACAAAGUAUCACUUCUUCAGAUGAGAAAUAAUGCGUUGACCGAACUUGACGACAAAACAGCAGAAUCAUUGCGUAAACUCGAUGAGAAAGCAUUAGCUGUUCGGUAUAAAUUGAAACAAGAUGUAGAUUCAUUUAAGGAUGCCGUUUUAGCUGAUGUUAAAAACGCUGGGAUGUCGGUAAAACAAUCAAUUAUUGUAGAAAAAAAAGUUGUCAUAUUGGACAUUACCACAGCCAAGAAACAGGGAGUACAGGACAUUGCUGGGAAAACUACUGAUAGUAUUUCUGAAAUAAACACAGCCGAGAAACAGGCAAAACAAGACAUUGCUGGGAAGGCAUCUGAGGGUAUAUCUGAAAUAAACACAGCCAGGGAACAGGCAAAACAAGACAUUGCUGGGAAGACGUCUGAUGGCAUAUCUGAUAUAAAUACAGUCGGGGAACAGGCAAAACAAGACAUAGCUGGGAAGACGUCUGAUGGUAUAUCUAAAAUAAACACAGCCGGGGAACAGGUGAAAAAAGACAUUUCCGAGGCCAAAAAAGAUAUUGAUGGACAGAAAAAUGAAGCAAUCUCUGAUAUUUGUGAUAGAAAAGAAGACGUUUUAUCUGCAAUCACCAAGGCUGGUACAGAAGCAAAAGCUCUGGGGGCUAGUGCUGCUUUGUCUGAUAUGAGCGGACAU